GUACACUGACACAGAAGUACCACCAAUAAGCUAGCGACUACCAUUUUGGAAUUAUUCUUUACCCCCAAAGAAUGUACCUCCAAAUAAAGGGCUUCUAGAAACACCAUGGUGCAUCGUUAAUCAUAUCAUAUGAAAACUCUGUAAACUGUAAAAUUCAAAGCGAAGUUUGAUUUUCAGUUCAUUCAUCUUUUCUCUUCAAGGUAUAUGGUCUUAUGAUGCUGAUGAUGAUGUUAUUACUACUAGGAUGUGCUGAAUUAGUCAAUUUUCAUAUUAGGUUUAAUGUUAAUGAAAUUUGUGGCGUUGUACGUUAAGAAUUGAAUUGUUGCAAGCGAGAAUGAGAAUAAGAUAGUAUGCGAGAUUCAAAUUUGAGAUCUGACAAUGAUUAGGCGUGGCUCCUAUGAUCGAGAGUUUGUUGAGCCCAUUGUUAUCAUAUCAUAUAUAUAUAAAUAUAUAUAAAUAGGUUACGCCUGUACUCUCUUAGGUAUCAAAUUCAAAACCCAUAUUCAACUCAAGGAAUUGCAGUACCACUGUACCAGACAGGAUUUGAGCAAGAUCUGAGCAAUGGCGAAGGAAGCUUCUAAUACCAAUAGCAGUGUGACGACAAAACCACCUCCAUCCCCAUCUCCUUUAAGAAAUGCCAAGUUCUUCCAGGCCAAUAUGAGAAUCUUGGUAACUGGAGGAGCUGGAUUUAUUGGAUCUCACUUGGUAGACAGGUUGAUGGAAAAUGAAAAGAAUGAGGUGAUUGUUGUGGAUAAUUAUUUCACUGGCUCAAAGGACAAUCUGAAGAAAUGGAUUGGUCAUCCAAGAUUUGAGCUUAUCCGUCAUGAUGUGACAGAGACAUUGCUGGUUGAGGUUGAUCAAAUAUACCAUCUUGCUUGCCCUGCUUCCCCCAUCUUCUACAAAUACAACCCUGUAAAGACUAUAAAGACAAAUGUGAUCGGUACAUUGAAUAUGUUGGGACUUGCCAAGCGUGUUGGUGCCAGGAUUUUGCUUACAUCAACUUCUGAAGUGUACGGAGAUCCUCUUAUGCAUCCUCAGGAUGAAACUUACUGGGGCAAUGUCAACCCAAUUGGAGUUAGGAGUUGUUAUGAUGAGGGAAAGCGAGUUGCUGAGACUUUGAUGUACGACUAUCACAGACAGCAUGGGAUUGAGAUAAGGAUUGCUAGGAUUUUUAACACCUAUGGACCUCGUAUGAAUAUUGAUGAUGGUCGUGUUGUUAGUAAUUUCAUUGCACAAGCAGUUCGUGGUGAGCCAUUAACUGUUCAAGCACCUGGAACACAGACACGUAGUUUCUGUUAUGUGUCAGACAUGGUUGAUGGCCUUAUUAGACUUAUGGAAGGAGACAACACUGGGCCCAUUAACAUUGGAAAUCCAGGUGAGUUUACUAUGCUUGAGCUUGCAGAGACCGUUAAGGAGCUUAUCAACCCAGAUGUGGAGAUCAUAUCAGUUGAAAACACACCAGAUGACCCUCGCCAGAGGAAGCCAGACAUCACAAAAGCCAAGGAGUUACUUGGUUGGGAGCCAAAGAUCAAGUUGCGCGAUGGCCUUCCGCUUAUGGAGGACGAUUUCCGAACAAGACUUGGAGUUACCCGAAAGAAUUGAACGGUACACCUUAUUAAUGCAAAUGAGAGUGAUGAAGACGCUGGGAAGAGCUUGACAUCUGGAUGAGUGCCUCUGCUCUCCGGUUUUCUUUGUUUCAUAUUUUUAUUAAGUGGGAAAAUAAAUGGUAAAUGGUAUUAGGAUCUUUUCUUGUAAUCCAGACUCCAGUUAUUUGAAUGAUUUGGUAUACUUUGAUUGGGUUCUGACGAUAUUAGGCUUUAAUUCAAAGAUUUUGUUUUUUUCUUUUAUUACUGGAAAGAGUGCCGUACCUUUUAUGAAGAAUAUCUUGAUUUCAUCA